UAUGAUGCUGAUAUCCAUGUAGGGUGGCCACCGCUCUCACCUCCGCAAUUAAUUUGAAAAGCGAAGCAAACCCAGCAAAUUCUAGCUAAGAGAAGAGAGAGAAAGUAAGAUGUCUGCGAUCACGGAGGAAAUCAGAGCGGCGGCGUCGGAGAUGUACCGCGGCGACGAGAUCUGCCAGGAGAAAUCGAAGUUCCUGCUGACGGAAAUGGGGCUGCCGAACGGGCUCCUGCCGCUGCGGGAGAUCGUGGAGGUCGGUUACAUCAAGGACACCGGAUUCGUGUGGCUGAUCCAGAAGAAGAAGCGCGACCACAAGUUCGAGAAGAUCGGGCGGCACGUCCAGUACGCCACCGAGGUCACCGCCUACGUCGAGCAGAAGAAGAUCAAAAAGCUCACCGGCGUCAAGGCCAAGGAGAUGAUGAUGUGGCUCACCAUCUGCGACAUCUACAUCGACGACCCCCCCACCGGUAAGAUCACCUUCAAGAGCCCCACCGGUCUCUCCCGAUCCUUCCCCGUCGACGCUUUCCAGAUCGAAGACGACAAGCCGCCGCUCAAGCCCGCCGCCGUCGCCCCCGCGAUUCAAGUCAAGGAGGUUUAAUUACCGAACUUAAUUACUCACUAUAAUGUACCAUCGAUUAAUCAGUACCACUCCUACAUAUAUUGCUGUCUCUUGUUAAGUUGAAUUAAUUUGAUAAUAAGUUCUGAUUUUGUGUUUGA